AUGCCCAGCUCAAGACGUAGCUUUUUCGCACACGGCCCGCCAGCGCCAGGCCCUGCUCCGCAAGCGCAGCCCACUCCUCGCCGACAAAUUGCGGAAGAAGACGAGUGUCCCGUCUGCGGCAAUGAACUCCCCACAAAAGGCUCAGACGGUGAUGAGACCGCACGCACCCAGCACGUUGAGGAAUGCAUAGCUCUCCACUCUGGAUCUCCGCCGCCACCAGCGACUACUCCCGCAGAUCUAUCAUCAACCAGUCUGCCGAGCCAACGGACUCGUGGCAUGAGCAGUGCUGCAGGUAACGGCGAGGGUUCGAGCAACCGGAUGAGUAUGAUGGCGCGCGGAAUGGUGCCGUACGUGGCGACGGAGAAAGAUUGUGUCGAUGAGGAGGGCAACGAGGCCGAGUGCGUGAUCUGCUUUGAGGAGUUUGAGGCGGGUGAUAGGAUGGCCAGUCCUGCAUAA